AGUCGACUUCCCACAUUUAAGCAAACUCUCUCUCUCUGCUUCUCUUCCCUCUUUCAUUGAGCUGCCGCCGCCGUUUCCUCUCCCGAGCUAAUUGAACUUCUCUCGUCUUCGUCGUCUCUUUCGGACUGCGAUAACUUCGGGGGAGAAACUUCUGGCAGGUCAAACCAGGCGACGGCGAGCUCAAUUUUUGGAAUAAACGUUGCUACUCAGUUUUGGAGUAAGGUUGAUUUGGAGCUUUGGAACAUUUUUCAUCAUGCAGAGUUGGGGAAUUAACUCUGCUAUUAAGCUACUUACAUAUUCUGAUGAGCUUUCCGAUGGAAAACCGCUCUAUGCUUCUUCCAAUUGUCUUCCUGUGAAGGAUUUGAACCGUGAACCUGCUGGUCAUGCCUUCCAUUCUGCUGCUCUCAAACUCCAUGGUUGUGCAAAGGAAGCCACAGACAAUAAAGAUGAUACCUCCGAUAAGAAAGGCUCAGACGAUAAGGAUAAGGAAUACAUUCCUUCCUUUGACUCGUACAACAAUAACAACAAAGGAAAGAAGAAGUCGGGGAAGCAACAACAUGACCACUAUGCGUUGUUGGGUUUGGGCAAUUUAAGAUAUCUUGCAACAGAGGAUCAGAUUAGAAAAAGCUAUCGCGAAGCUGCUUUGAAGCAUCACCCUGAUAAACUUGCUUGUCUCCUUCUCGCUGAGGAGACUGAAGAAGCGAAACAAGCCAAAAAAGAUGCGAUAGAAUCUCACUUCAAGUUGAUUCAAGAAGCAUAUGAGGUUUUGAUGGACCCAACCAAAAGAAGAAUAUUUGACUCUACCGAUGAGUUUGAUGACGAAGUCCCAACUGAUUGUGCGCCGCAAGACUUCUUCAAGGUUUUUGGUCCAGCAUUUAAGAGAAACGCUAGGUGGUCAGUUAAUCCGCGUGUACCAGAUUUGGGUGAUGAAAAUACUCCACUUAGAGAUGUUGAUAGCUACUACAAUUUUUGGUACGCUUUCAAAAGCUGGAGAGAGUUUCCUGAAGAAGAGGAGCAUGAUCUUGAGCAAGCAGAUUCCCGUGAGGAAAAGAGGUGGAUGGAGAGAGAGAAUGCUAGAAAAACUCAGAAGGCUAGGAAAGAGGAAUAUGCUCGGAUUAGGACUCUUGUCGACAAUGCUUAUAAAAAAGACCCAAGAAUUUUGAAAAGAAAAGAGGACGAGAAGGCAAAGAAGCAGCAGAAGAAAGACGCUAAAGUUAUGGCCAAGAAAAAGCUGGAAGAAGAAGCUGCAGCAGCUAUUGAAGAAGAGAAAAGGCGAAAAGAAGAAGAAGCAAAACUUGCUGCAGAGGCUGCUCAGCAGCAAAAGAGAGCCAAGGAAAAAGAGAAGAAGCUUCUGCGCAAGGAACGAAGUCGGCUCAGAACUCUCUCUGCGCCUGUUCUGUCCCAGCGUCUGCUUGGCAUCUCUAUUGAACAUGUGGAAGAUCUAUGCAUGUCACUUAACACCGAGCAGUUGCGGAAUCUAUGCGACAAGAUGGAAAACAAGGAAGGAUUGAACUUGGCAAAGGUACUUAAGAAUGGAAACAGCAGUAACGAUGAUGAAAUAGAGAGCAAAGAUGAUGAAACAGAGAGUAAAGAAGAAGUUGCUCAAGUAGCUGCCAAGCAGAAUGGUCAUGUAGAAGCCAAUGGAUUUUCCAUGGUAGAUAGUGAUACUCAGAAGAAAGACAAACCAUGGAGUAAGGAAGAAGCUGACAUGCUGAAAAAAGGAAUGACCAAGUUCCCAAAAGGAACAUCACGAAGAUGGGAAGUCAUAUCAGAGUACAUUGGUACAGGAAGAUCCGUGGAGGAGAUUCUCAAGGCAACUAAAACUGUGCUUCUUCAGAAACCUGACUCAGCUAAGGCACUCGAUUCUUUUCUGGAAAAGAGGAAACCUGCUGCUUCAAUCGCAUCUCCUCUCUCUACACGUGAGGAACUUGGAGAACCUAUUAUACCGACCACACCUCUUGAAGACAACAACUCGACCAAAACAGAAACUAAAGAACAGUCGUCUGGUAACAGCCAAGAGAACAACAACAACGACAACUCUGAACCAAUUGCUGCUGCUGGUUCAGACCCAGACGGUUGGUCUGCUGUGCAAGAGCUAGCUCUGGUUCAGGCUUUGAAGACGUUCCCAAAGGAGACAAACAAAAGAUGGGAGAGAGUAGCAGCAGCUGUUCCAGGGAAAACGAUGAACCAAUGCAAGAAGAAGUUAAAGGACAUCAUCAGAAGCAAGAAACCCACAGCCUAAUUAUUCCGAGCCCUCAAGCUUGCAUGGUCUGAAAAUUUUGCUUUGACAGAGAAGAGCCUAGACUCAAUUUUUGUUACGAUUCAUAUUUUUCAUAUACAUCAUCAUGCUACUAUCCUAUCCUUACAUAGAGUGUUUGACAACCGAAUCUAUUCUUAGUUAUCUAUUUUGUUCUAAUUUUAUUUA